AUGGUAGUAGACGCCACACCUCAAGACCACCCCGACCGAGCUGGCCGGUUGAAUAACCUUGGAAUUUGGCUUAGUAUACGAUUCGACCGGACCGGCUCGAUAGACGACCUCAACUAUAGGCUUUCAUCGUGCAAAGAAGGCUGGCCUUUUUCUCCGAAGGUGAGCCCGCGGUCUCUAAACCAUACCGACAAGCAGCACAUGCUCGCGGGGUUCGGUGGCCUGGCUUUAGUAGCAGCCGCCACCGCUCUAAAUGCCGGGAAGGCGGCCUCCCACGCUUUGCAGCUUCUCGAACUCGGCCGCGGCGUUAUUGCAGGUCUACUGACGGAUAUGUGCAGAGAUAUUUCUGAUCUUAAGCGCGAACCAGGAAUUCGUACUCAGCCUGGAUUUGAACGGUUUCCUCUUCCGCUGGCUGAAGAUGAGAUAAUGGCCGCAGCGGAUUCAGAUCCUAUUAUCGUUAUUAACUUAAGCUCGUGGCGUUGUGAUGCGUUUCUGAUUGAGCACAGCCAGAUCACGGACCAUGACCUUCGACUCUCUCGCGCAACUAGCUCUUUCCAUAUUAUACCUCUAUUGGAAUGGCUAUGGAAUACCACCGCUCGUCCCAACCUGAAUGCUCUUGGAUUUAAGGACCCUGUCUCUGAUGACAAUCAGCGUCCCCUUCACGCGGCAGGACUAUACGUGCGAGGUUCUACCGAGACUGUGCUGGACAAAAUGCUAAAGAACCUCUGUCGGCCGCUUAAAUUAUGGUCGCUCACACCGAUUAUGCGCAAGGACAAUGUGCUCCAACACCUGCAGACGUGCAAGAUCUUCCACCUUGCCGGCCACGGGCAGUUGGACCCGGCGGAGCCUUCACAAAGCUGCCUGCUCCUCGAGGACUGGAAAACCAACCCGCUCACAGAGAACGGGCCGUUUCUUGGAUAUCUCUCGGCUUGCUCGACCGGAUCCAACCCUAUCAUAUUGUUUAAGGUCACCUUAGGGCCCGGAUUCUAG